AUGUCGAAUUCUCCAGCACCCGUGGCCGACAACGCUACCCCGCGCACAAGGUCGUCCAGGCGCGGAGGCAGAGGCCGUGGUGGCGGUGGCUCCCACAGACCUGCGUCGCAGCAUCAGACACAGAGACAAUCCCAAGAACAACCGCCCACACAUUCGACUACAGUUAUUUCACCGCAACAGAACGAACCAUCAGCGAUACAAACCACGCCCGAUGCAUCCCACCCACCACGAGGACCAAGGGAAAUCAGAAGGGGGGCCAGAAGCGCAGGCGCACAGUCGAAUGGAGGCCGACGGCAGGGUCGAGCACGCCGUGGUGCAGACCUUUCAACGACCACCACCGGAGGACGAAGAUUUGAGGAGCAUGCUCAGAAUGUCGGUUCUCAUAGUGCAGGUGGGGAAGACAUUGCCGGGCUGAGAGCGGAUGCGCCAGCAUUCGUCCCUGGAGGGCCUGCGGAAGAGGUACCUCGACAGACUGGACACGGUCCAUCAAGAGCAAAGGGCAAGCCGAAAGCGAGGAACCCAUUCCAGCCUCGAUCAGCGCCACCUGUUCCGCCUGCACCAAAGAUCACUACGAAGUCAUCAGCGCCGGACAUUGCAACCCGCAUUCACGAAGACAUCGCCCAUAACCUCUACGAAUGUCCGAUAUGUACAGCCGAGCUGGGUAAAAGGUCUCGCGUGUGGUCUUGCGGCUUGUGCUGGACUGUCUUCCAUCUGAGCUGUGUCAAAAAAUGGUCGAGAAACGAAGGCGCGGCAGCUCAGGAUGCGGCUCGGCGCCGGGGCGAAGAGGGGGAAAGCAGCGCUCCUCGCGCUUGGCGCUGCCCGGGCUGUAAUUUGCCUCAUGAAGUAUUCCCCUCCUCUUACACGUGUUGGUGUCAGAAGGAGGUUGAUCCCCGCCCGUUUCCUGGUCUCCCGCCCCAUUCAUGUGGACAGACUUGCGCGCGAUCGCGCAAAGGCUGUCCACAUCCUUGCGAUGCGACGUGCCAUGCUGGUCCAUGCGCCCCAUGUACGGCCAUGGGUCCUACCCAGGACUGCUUCUGUGGGAGAAACUCAUCUACAAAACGUUGCCAAGACACCGACUACGAUAAUGGGUGGAGUUGUGGUGAGAUAUGUGGUGACCUUCUGCCUUGUGGUGAGCAUAUCUGUACUCGUCCGUGCCACGAAGGGCUUUGCGGCUCCUGCGAGGUCAAGGUUGAUGCGCGCUGCUACUGCGGGAGACAACAGACUGAGAUGCUGUGCAGUUCUAAGGAAGAGGAAAUGGAAAGUGAGCUUUUACGGGACGUCGAAAACGGAGGUGAAGGGGAGCUUGAAGAAUGGGUUGGAUGCUUCACUUGUGGCGAUCUUUGUAAUCGACAAUUUGACUGCGGAAAACACUCGUGUCAAAAAACUUGCCAUCCCCAGGAUGCGCAUCCGGCUCAUUGUCCACGGUCGCCCGAUAUGGUGCUUUCCUGCCCUUGUGGGAAGACACCCCUGACCGACGUUGCGGGUUAUUCAGCACGGGUUACCUGCGAUGAUCCGAUACCGAAUUGCUCAAAGCCUUGCGCGAAACCCUUACCAUGCGGACACUCUUGCGAGCAAGUCUGCCAUACCGGUCCAUGUGGCCCUUGCUUGCAGAAAGUCACAAUUCAGUGCCGCUGUGGGCGCAAUGACUUCCAGACGACCUGUUUCUCGGGCGAUUUCGAACCACCUCAAUGUUUCCGCAUCUGUAAGGCAGGUUUGCACUGCGGUCGGCAUGCGUGCGCAGAGCGAUGUUGUCCAGGCGAACAGAAAGCAAUUGAGCGUCAGGCUUUACGUCGAAAGCUCAAAUCCCACCUUCGUCCUAGCGACGAGGAUUUCGAGGCAGAACAUAUCUGCACCCGGGUGUGUGGCCGUAUGCUGAAAUGCGGACGGCACACGUGCCCCGAGAUCUGUCACAAAGGACCCUGCAACACUUGUAGAGAGGCGAUAUUCGAGGAGAUCCCGUGUAAUUGCGGUCGAUCGAUCCUGCAUCCGCCUCUCCCUUGUGGGACACAACCCCCCGCUUGCUCAUACCCUUGUGAGCGCGCCAAAACGUGCGGCCAUCCACAGAUGCCUCAUUAUUGUCAUACGGAUGAUGAGAAUUGUCCAAAGUGCCCUUUUCUGACAGAGAAGACGUGUCUGUGCGGUAAACGCGUUUUGAAGAAUCAGCCGUGCUGGCUUACAGAUGCGCGUUGCGGACAGAUUUGUGGCAAGCUUCUCAAGUGUGGCUCUCACACUUGCAAGAAGAACUGCCAUCGAUCGGGUGAUUGUGAGGAUGCCUAUCACCCUUGCCAGCAAGCCUGUGGGAAGACUAAAUCGCUGUGUGGCCAUCCCUGUACUGAUCAAUGUCAUGCUCCUUAUCCCUGCUCGGAAAAGACCCCUUGUUCAUCCAUGGUUACGGUGACAUGUAGCUGUGGACGACUUCGACAGGAGCGACGCUGCAAUGCAGCCAAGGCUGUCGUGGUCAAAGGUAAUCUCCAGCAAGCGCAGCGACUGCCGUCAUCGUCACCUUUGGUGUGCGACGAGGAAUGCGCCCGUCUAGAACGGAAUCGUUCUUUGGCGUCUGCGCUGGGUGUCGAUAUUAACCCAACGACGACUGUUUCCCAAACACUCACCUCCACGAACCUACCUUAUUCCUCUGAAACACUCGAUAUAUACCUCCAGCUUUCAUCGUCGUAUCCCCUCUCCACCCUCCAAUCCUACGAAUCCACACUCCAUACCCUUGCCACUAGCAAUAACCCGGCGAACCGCUCCACCCGUUUCCAACCCGCCAAAGCCCCGCUUCGUGCCUUUGCCCAUUCCCUUGCUGCCGAUUGGGGCUUCGCCAGCGAGAGCUCCGAUCCGGAGCCUCAUCGCCAUGUUUUCGUUCUCAAACCCACUUCCUGGACUCCUCCACUUUUGGGCAUGGGCAAUGGUACCACCAUAGGUAUUGGCGGCAUGAGCGUUGGUGAAUGUGUGAAGUUACGUGAUCGUCAACGCCUCAAGGAGCAGGAAGAACAGCGGCUUGCUGCGGCAGAAGCGAGGGCCCAGCGCGAAGCCGCACGGGCCCAGCAGACUGCGAACGGUGAGGGUGGCUGGGCACAAGUUGCAGCUUCGAAGAGAAAUAACGGUCCCGGUAGCUCGCGGAGCAGUACGCCUGCUAUCCAAGCUACUGGUAGUAGUCCUUGGUCUACGACGAUGUACGCUGCUCUUGCGGAAGAUGACAGCAGUGCUUCUUGGGAUGCCCCCGUUCCGCCUCAACCCCAACUCAAGAAGGAGAAACUGGUGUUGCGAUCCGGCGUCAAGCAAUUGAGGACUUUGAGCUCGAGUAGAGAUCCGAGCUCUGGCGAUUUACCGCAAGAUCCUAGAUCGGACGGAGAAAAAGAGGCUGCAUGACCUACUCGGCAAAGCUUCGGUCUCGAAGACAGAGCCCACAGUGUUGUCUAUGCUUUCAUCGAUCCUAGACCUUAUUUCAUGGCUGGUCACGAUAUCAUUCUUAAAUGUUUCUUCAACAUCAUGUCUGACUGUAAUGCUUGUUGCUGCUGUCACUCAUCUGCUAUGGUUAGCGUGCAUAGCUGCGCUGGUCGUGUAUUCUUACUAGAGAACAAAAUCGAUAGAUUUGGAGUUGGCAUUUCUGCGUUACUAUGUGUUUGUUGUGGUUGUUU